GAAAGAGCCCCAGCCCGCAGGGAGUCAAGUAGUCAACCGUUCUGCCCGCUCCCCCUCACACAAAAGGCAAACCACCCGCCACCGUCGGCAGACGGCAACUACUUUCAUUUCGUCGUCGUCGCCCGCCCCCACCCGCUCCUCCACUCCACCACCACCGGACAGAUACGGAUGUCUCCGCCCGCACAUCCACUUCACAAACGAAAACCCGCAGCAAACGCUAGCAGCGGCGGCGCCGGCAGUUGGUAGCCGCGACCGAGACACGGCGGGUGACCUGCCCCGCCGCAGUCGGGGUGUAUGUAUUACCACCGCCAGAAUUCCAGGAGACGAGGAUCGAGGAGGCACCGAUCCGUAGCGGCGAUAUCGUAGAGCCGCUGGUCUCACGCCGCACCGUGAGUUCUUCGUUCCUGUUCCUUCCCUUCCCUUCCUCCGCUUCCGCGAAAGCUGAACAUCACUUUCCCCCCCUUUUUCUUGCUAAAGUUAUCUGAAGCCAUUGUUCUUUGUAAUUCUAUACGGUUCCGGCCAUGGAAUCAUUUGAUUUCCUCCCUGCUAUGUCCCAUUUGGUAGACAGUAGACUAGUGGUACUAUCUCGGACUCCCACCAUGAGUAUCCUUGGGUGACUCUAGUUUAGGGAUAGGUCUCUUUUCAGAUAAUUAGGGUGAUUUUGGGUGCAACUUCAAUUCCGCUCAGCUUGUGUCGCUACUCUAACAAAUUACCUCGCAUACUAGAAAGAAGUUUUUCAUCCUUUUGCUGAUAGCCUGAUAUAUUCUUUGCUGUAUGUGGAUGUGGACGUGGAUGUGAUUUUCAAGUGGAUGGCAUGGGUCCUUUGGCUCUAGAUAUUUUUCUAAGUUUUGUCUGGGGGUAACAUAAAUAAUACAGACACGAUUAGAUAAUUCAGUCCACCUGGACUGUGGUUUGAGACUUCGAUGUCACUAGCCACUCCUAGGUCACUAUCCACCUGUACUGUAAUUGCCGGGAAACAACAAGACUACCGGGCAACUACUACUAGUCGAGGCCAAUAAAUUUGAGUGGAACUCUUGACCCACUCGAUCAAAUUCGAGGGAAACCCUCCCCCCAACAGAAAGGAGAUUCGAGGAGACAAUGGCAGACCAGUUAGGGUCUUACACUAUUAGAUCCCAUGGAAUGAUAUUGGCAAGGUUGCACAUGUAUGACUGGAUAAUACUUCUCCUCCUUGCUGUCAUAGACGGGCUGUUGAAUAUAAUUGAACCAUUUCACCGUUUUGUUGGGAAAGACAUGAUGACUGACUUGAGAUAUCCUAUGAAGGGCAAUACAGUGCCAUUUUGGGCUGUUCCACUGAUUGGAAUUAUACUGCCUUGGGCCAUCUUUGUUGGGAUUUACUUCAAAAAGAAGAAUUUUUAUGAUUUGCACCAUGGCAUACUGGGGAUUCUAUACUCAGUGCUGAUAACUGCAGUGAUUACUGAUGCAAUUAAGGAUGGUGUUGGACGGCCUCGUCCAGAUUUUUUCUGGCGCUGUUUCCCUAAUGGAAAUGAUGUUUAUGAUAACAUUACUACUGGUGUUAUAUGCAAUGGAGUGAAGAGCGUAAUCAAGGAAGGCCACAAGAGCUUUCCCAGUGGACACAGUUCAUGGUCUUUUGCUGGUCUAGGCUUCCUUGCAUGGUACUUAGCUGGGAAACUCACAGCCUUUGACCGCAAAGGGCAUAUUGCGAAGCUAUGCAUUGUGUUCCUGCCUCUCCUUACUGCCGCACUUGUGGCUGUUUCUCGAGUGGACGACUACUGGCAUCAUUGGCAAGAUGUAUUUGCAGGGGGUCUUAUAGGUCUUACAGUUGCUUCGUUUUGCUACCUACAGUUUUUCCCAUAUCCUUUCGAUGGCGAUGCUUUGUGGCCUCACGCAUACGCGGUCCGGUUAGCCGAGGAGGGGAACAGCAGAAAUGCGAACUCAUACAGCGUGAGACCAACCGAAAUCGAAACAGUCGAUAUUCCUGGGCACGGUGGGAUCAUCACCCUAAGAGAUACUCUAAACGAUGUGGAGUCUGGCAGUGCCAGGAGAUUGUGAGAUGGGUCUGCAGGUGUGGAGAUUGAUGUCUCAGAUACCAUGGGAGUUGCUUGCAUAUGUGUACAGGUAGAUCUAUUGUAGAGCUGUUGACUGCUGCCACCGUGAUAGGGGAGGGUUGUUUAGACGGGCCUGGCAGUAAAUUUACUUGGUAGGGUGCUGUUUCUUCUGAGAACCUUUGGCUUUUGUUUGUAUAUAUGCUCUUAUCAAAGUGUUGAGUUCAGAGUUGUGGUUAAAGUUUGUUUGCUGACACUCUUUGUAACCAGUUUGGUCGCUGCAUUCAGCAACUAUGAUCUGAUCAGAUGUUGCCCAGUCUACUGUUGUUCUUAUAUUAAGCGUGAAAUUCAUUUGUCACCA